UCCAAGACUAUGUGGUACAUCAGCACCCGGGGAAUGGCCCCUCGGGUGGACUUUGAGGGUGCCCUCUUCUCUGGCUAUGCACCUGAUGGGGGCCUCUUCAUGCCUGAGGAGCUCCCACAGCUGGGCAGAGAGAGCCUGCGUAAGUGGAGCAAGCUCUCCUACCCUGACCUGGUGAAAGAGCUGUGCACCCUCUUCAUUGGCCCAAAGCUCAUCGCAAGAGAUGACUUACAUGAUCUGAUUGACCAAGCCUUCAGCAGAUUCCGCCACCAAGAGGUAGUCCAUCUGUCCAGGUUGAAGAAUGGGCUGAACGUGUUGGAGCUCUGGCAUGGGGUCACGUAUGCAUUUAAAGACCUGUCCCUGUGCUGCACAGGACAAUUCCUACAGUACUUUCUGGAGAAGAAGGAGAAGCAUGUCACUGUGGUUGUAGGAACUUCUGGGGACACAGGCAGUGCUGCCAUUGAGAGUGUUCAAGGGGCAAAGAAUGUGGACAUCAUCGUUUUACUGCCCAAGGGUCACUGCUCAAAGAUUCAGGAGCUCCAGAUGACAACAGUGCUGAAAGAGAAUGUCCAUGUGUUUGGCGUGGAGGGAAACAGUGACGAACUCGAUGAGCCAAUCAAGGCCGUGUUUGCUGAUGUGGGUUUUGUCAAAGAACACAAUCUGAUGAGCCUUAACUCAAUCAAUUGGUCCCGGGUCCUCGUGCAGAUGGCCCACCACUUCUUUGCCUACUUCCGUUGUGCACCCUCCAUGGACAUGGAUCCCCUGCCCUCCGUGGAGGUAGUUGUGCCGACUGGGGCUGCCGGUAACCUUGCAGCUGGAUUAAUUGCUCAGAAGAUGGGCCUGCCCAUCCGCCUGGUUGCAGCAGUGAACCACAAUGACAUAAUCCACAGGACCAUUCAGCAAGGAGACUUCUCUCUGUCCAAGGCUGUCAAGCCGACUUUGGCGUCAGCUAUGGACAUCCAGGUGCCCUACAACAUGGAGAGGAUCUUCUGGCUGCUGUCUGGCUCUGAUAGCCAAGAGACAAGAGCCCUCAUGGAGCAGUUUGAAAGAACCCAGAGUCUCAGUCUGCCUGAGAAACUGCACAGCAAGCUUUCAGAGGCCAUGACGUCUGAGUCAGUGUCUGAUGAGGCCAUCACCCAGACCAUGGCCCGAUGCUGUGAAGAGAACCAGUAUUUGCUGUGCCCUCACUCGGCUGUGGCCGUGAGCUAUCAUUACCAGCAGACGGACAGGCAGCAGCAGCCCAGUACACCCAGGUGCUGCUUGGCCCCUGCCUCUGCAGCCAAGUUUCCAGAAGCUGUCCUGGCAGCCCAACUGACCCUGGACACUCCCACAGAGAUCCUAGCCCUACAGCGUAAGGAGACCCGCUGCACCCCAAUGAGGAGAGGUGACGACUGGACACUGAUGCUUCGGGGCACCAUUGAGGACCUAAGCCGGCAGUGGAGGCACCGUGCCCUGAACUCUUCAGAAUAG